AAUUUUGCCGCCAUGAUGGAUUUUCAAAAUACGCAUUCAAAAAGAAAAUCCUAUCAGAAUGAUUGAAAAAGAAUGAAAAUAACCCACAAAAUGUACGACAUGCGUUAGAAAAACAACUAUUUAUCAACAUCAUAGCGUUACUUGUAAAGCUCCGUGGGAGUGGUGACGAGAAACUUGCUUCGAACUUCACCUCAUCUUGGAAGAAAACUGUGUCAAGAUGAGUAAAUUGUCAUUUCGAGCUCGCCAACUGGAUUCUAACAAACCGCUUCCCGUGUAUGGUUUUGAGGAGCUGCCAGAUUUGACAGAAUUGUCCACAAUAAAUCGCGCAGUGCCUCAAAUGCCAACGGGAAUGGAGAAAGAAGAGGAAACCGUAAGUUAUUUAUUUAUAAAUUAGGCUGACAUUGAUGAUAAUUAUUAAAAAAAUCAUUUUAUAUUAAUGGCUUGCAUAUAGUUUGCAGCCGUCCAUUUUACGUAUUAUUUUUGAAUUUUUAAGUAUGUUUUUCUUUGGAAAUUUACACUAUUUUGAAUUUGUAAGUCACGUGACCUUUACUCACUUGCAUCGGAAGUUGAUGAUCAUGAAUUAAAAUCUCGCGCCGAAAAUCGUAAAUCCGCGCGUCAGAUAUUUUUAUUUAAAAAUAAGUACAUUUUUUAUAGAAUUUUUACAGGAAAACUGUUGUUUGGCUAGAAAAAAUACUUGUAUGUGUGUAUAUUUGCAUAAAUUUAAAAUUUUGUUUUUAUUCUGUGAUAAAUUUGCAUAAUUAAUAUCUUAUUGUUUAUCCUUGUUGUUUGAUGUGCACCAGUCUUUGGUUCUGUGUCUAUAUUAUUUGUAAACCUGGCUUUAAUAGGCCAGAAAUCAUGGCUUGCCUAGGGACAAAACCUCACUUUCUCAUGUAAAGUGUAAGUUGGUCAUACAGACCUUUCCUGCAGAGAAAAUUAGACCAUUCCAGAAAAUAUCCGCACCUCCUCCACCAAGGAAAUUGUAGGUUAACCUCCCUACCCCAUUCGGAUGUCCUAAUACACUUACAAUUAUCAGAAACAAGUUGUUCUCCCCCGUCCAUACUGCAGAGAUUUCCUGCAUGUCAUUGGGGAGUGUCAAGUGUGGAUCUUUUCUGGAAUGACCCUUUCAACAUCCUAGUACAUUAUACUUUUACCAUGGGAGGGGUGUGGAUCUUUUCUGGAAGACAUACUAGGCAGGUGGUGGGUUUUUAAAAACAGUUUGAUGUUUUACAAGCCCUUUUAAAUUUGGGUGACAUCUUGUGUUCAGUGUGCAAAUAUAUUGUGAUGUUAAUUCCAGUCGCAACCCUGUUGUGUGCAAAACAUAAUGAAGGUAUAAUGAAAAUGUGUAAGAAAAGACAGGGCUUGAAAUAACAGUCGGCAAGAAAUUGCUUAUGAUCGGCAGAAAAGCAGGGUUUCGGUUUCCAACCUGAAAAAAGCAGGGAAAGUCAUGACUGCCGAUCACCAUGAUCGGGAUCUUUGGGAACGUUAUUUCAAGCCUUGAAAGAAAAAAUAGGUACAUUCAGCAUACAUGUUUUAGUGCAAAGAUGAUGUUGUUGACUGCAGUUUUAUUGUUGUUGGUAUUAUUGAGUUGUUUUUGGUGAUGAUAUUGCUCAGUUUGUGGCUAUAUUUGCCUCAUGAAAUGAAUGUACUGGUCAUUGAUUAGUCCCACGCUAACACACACAAACUUAUUUAUACAUAUACAUUCAGCUCACACCCCAUCAAAGCAUAUUUUCACAUAUAUAUGGGGGGGGGGGUAUUUGGCCUGGAGGCUCCACUUGUUAGUGGCUCAGAUGGGGCCCUAACCUUACCCUGAGUGUCCUAAAUCUUACUCUGGGGAGUGUACAGUGGACUCUAAUCUUGGUUUUGCCCCCCCCCCCCAUUGUAAAAUACUUAAAAUAUGCACUGCUCCCCAUUGAGGGUUUUCAGUGACCGAUUACAUCAAGUAUUAUGCUUACUUAUAUUACCUACCUUGCCUACCUAGAGUAGACCAUUUAUCUUUACAACAAUUGUGAUAUUGAGGGUCGUAGUGAAGAGGCAGGGGAGGUGUAGUAUCGCAUUUGCCAACAACAUUUCAGCCGCUAAUUAAUCUUUCUUUUCUCAAAAUUGGGGGGGGGGGGUAAAAAAAUUAUCAAAAUUUUUGCUAUACUAUUACUUAUUAAUCCAAGCCACUCAAAUAUUUUAACUGACUACGAGAAUGAUUUGCCAAUAAGGGAGUGUCACCCCACACCUCUAUAGCUACAGCCCUCAUGAUAUGACUUUCCUGACUAUGUUUAUCCGAACCCACCCUGUUAACUUUCCCUGUGGGAGGAACCCGGAGAAAACCCACAACUUUUGGCAGAGCAUUGACUGACAUCACCGACUCUUUUCCCACAAGUCUGUAGCAAGAAUCACUACUGACUCCACAUCAGAUGAUAAGGAGAAUAUUAAUGCAUUGUGUCUUGAUGUGCCCUACUUUAUCAUUUUACUCUUUUUAAUACCAGACUAUUUUAAUCAUUACAGGGCUAAUGAUCAUUUGUGGAAAAGAGCAUGGUGUAAUGAGGGGGGGGGGGGUAACUUUGAAUAUACAGUUAUAUCAACACGAGUGGAAAUUGGGAGAACGAAAAAUUGUGUGGAGUUUUCCCAAUUUCCACGAGUGUUGAUAUAUUAACUGUAUAUCAAUACGGAAAAGUGUUUUAUAUUUUUUUUAUAAUAAAUAUAGCACAAAGAAAAAUAAAGAAAUUUUCCGUGUUGACAUUGAAUUAAUUCAACACGGCUCCUAGCAAAUCAGUGUUCAGAAUUUACAAAAUGCUAUAUUGUAAAUUCUCACAACACUAGGCAUAUUUCAUACAUACUGUACCACUUAUGUGCCAUUCUUGCACAAAUGUAAUGUAAUAUUAAGUCAUUAAGAGAAAGUAUUUAUUAUUGACGUAUAAAACACUGGAAAAUGUUUUAUAUAAUACGUUUUAUGGCUAUUUUAGUAAACAUAAUUAAAUAUGCAAUGAACCUAUACUUUAUUUGAACACAAGUCAACAUGAAGGGGGGGGGGGUUAUUAAAUUACACAUUUUCAGAACGAAGGCUGCUUUCCAUCUGCAUUGUUAGACAGUAUUUAUAAAAAAUAACCCUUUCCAUUUUCUUUUGAAUGAUAAAGAAAUUGUUAUUUUAGGAGCACCAUCUUCAACGAGCUAUCUCAGCCCAGCAGGUGUAUGGUGACAAACAACAACUUGUUAUUCCUACUCCUGAGACCAAGCCAGUUGAUGUUGAUACUUCGCUCAUUGAUGACAGUGAAGACGACUUCAAAAUGCCAAAGCAGUAUAUUCAUAUACAAGGUUAGAACCUUGUCCAUAAUGCUGCAAUCAGCAGAUUGAUUCAACUACCUGAAAGAUUACAAGUAAAACUUCAACGUUUUGAACGAAGGCCUUUCGUCUGCACUUCCCAACGAACAGCCUUCGCUUGAAAUGUUGAAGUUUUACUAAUGUAUUUUUCAGAAGUGGUGUUUUUAUCACUACCUAUGUUCGUAUGUCAAGUUUAUCUUUGCAAUCAGACACAGUAUACUGUACUAUAAAGGUCAAAGGAGCUGUUACAGUAUCAAAAUGCUGAAGAUUUCAAUUUACUGUUUCGGACCUUCUGGUCAAUGAUUUUGUGUUAAAACAAAUAUAUUGCAAAACACCACUUCUCUCCAUUUUAUAGUUAUGAUGUCAUGCCUCUGGGAAAGCUUUAUGAUGUCAUAAGUUUUUUCCCACUCCCCUGUCAACGUCUUGGUGGUCAUGUAAUGCAAGUUACUGUUUUGUAAAAAAAUGUUUAAAUGAAUUUUUGCAGCUCUUGGUGUUGAAGAUGAACGGCCUGAAUAUGACAUGGAUGAUGAGGACUCGGAAUGGUUGACAAACUUUAACAAGGAUAAGGCAAGCUAGGACAGAUGAUAGUACUGUUGAGUGAAAUGAGGGACUUACCCAUGUCUGUUGUUGCCUUCCAUGCAAAAUAACCCGAAUAUAUACAUCUGGGUGCAUUACAUGUGUUUGGGGUCAGAAGAUAUUGUUCAUCUAUCCUUUGAUAAAAUGUGUACUUGUUUUAUGCCAAACAUGAUUUUUUGGGUCAAUUUCCCAAUGAAGUAAUUUAUACAUAAUAUAUUAACAUUUACUAAUGUAGGAGAAGGUUUCAAAUGAAAAGUUUGAACAUCUUAUUGAUAAGCUGGAGAAAGGUUCUGGAAGUGAGGUAUGCAAGUUCUAGACACUAUAUUAGCACUCAUUGCAUUCUUAAAAACAAAGAAACAAGCAAAGGUUGUACAGCUUUGCACAGAGUGUACAGCUUUGAAAAUUUACUGUACUGUGAAACAGGGUUUGAAAUUUGCAGUAUCCUAAUAUCCACAGGAAACUUAAAUUUAGUUUUGGAUACCAAACUGUGAAUAACUUGUUUAGGAACUGGAUAUUACAAAAUUUGAAACAGUGGUGGUUUCCAAAAAGCUUUAAAUGCUACAGGUGUGCCUUCUUGAAAAUAAGCAGCCUUUCAUUUCCAACAUGGUGGCCUAGUUGUUGAGUCUCCUAUUGUUAUUGUGAUUUAUAACAAUGAGAGACAUGUGCUAUAUACUUGAUGGUUCCAGGGUACAGUAUCAUGAAUUGGGAUACUGGAUUCUUAGAUGGGAUACUUUGAAUCCUGGUAUCCCAGUGGGGAAAAAGGUUUUUAGUUAAACAAAGUAGUACACAAAUGUUGCACAUGAUUUCCUUCUGAAAAUAUUUGUCAACAAUGUAACAGUAGUAAGUAUUUCUGUAAGCCCAAUGUAAUACAGUCCAAUGUAUAUUUGUUGUUCUACUCUUGACAGGUGUUGUCGUUAACUGCUGCCAGAGCUCUGAUAAAGGAUGAAGAAUAUUUAGAACCUGUGUACAAUUACUGGGUGAAGAAACACAGCAGAAGUUGUAUGAAUGGUUUAAUUCUUACACUCAAGUCAGAGAAAAAGGAUGCGUCAUCACCGAAUGAUCCAUACAUAGCUUUCAGACGGAGGAUUGAGAAGAUGCAGACGAGAAAGGUAAUGGAUAUGCCUGGUGUCAAUGUGCCUGAAUGCAUCCCACCAAGCAGUGGCCGACACAUCGUCAAUUAUAAGGGGGCGAGUGAGUAGUGAUUGACAGAUUGCGCCACAAUCGGAAAUUACAGAUUAUUCAUGCAACAAUUUACCCGAUACCGAUUUUAUAAUGACGUCAUAAUGUCGACCGAAUAAGGUGACGUCAUUCCUUUCGAUUUUUUAACGAUAAUUUCCGUAAUUUGUUACGAAAGUUCGUUCGUUCAUAAAUGACAAGCUUCAUAUAUUAAUUUCGUAGCGGCAACAUAUUGCAAUGCCGGUUUUAUACAAUCAGAAAUACAGAUAAUUCUAGCGAUUAUGGGUGAGUCACUGCUGGCGUGUCUGUAUUUCAUAUAUGUAUUGUGUUUGAACUAUGAUAUCAAUCAUUUUGUUUAGAACCGGAAGAAUGAAGAGUUAUCGUACGAAAAAAUGUUGAAGCUACGGAGAGAUUUGAACACUGCAUGGUAUGUAUUGCAGCAAAGUCUUGCAAAAAUCUAAAAUGCGUUGGAAUAGCUAUUAUUAAAUCGAGCUGGAGCACGCGUUCGUUCUUUUGAUAGUUGGCACUUGGCAAUGGACCUAUUCCCUAAUGAACAAAUUUUGAUCUAGACAAGUCUAGACAAAAAUUUCAUCACAGCUUGAAAGAGCAUCACAAAAUUAUUUCGUUGCGAAAUGUUGUAAAAUGCGGAUAAUAUAGCCCUGCGAAGUUUGCCGUUUUUCGGUCAUUUUCACGCACGGGAAAUUGAUACCACUUUCUGAAAAAAAGUUUGACUUGUUGAGAUCAAAAUUUUGUUCAUUAGGGAAUAGGUCCAUUGGCAAUAAAAGAAGCACGACCAAUGGCAAAAUUCGCACGGUGCUCGUUUGCAAAAACAACUGCAAACUGCUCUAAUUCUUUCUGUCACUUUUAUUUUAUCUCAUCCGUGAGCCGGCCUCAAUGGCCAUUGAUCUGACUUGCUUGUGAAAACUUUGUUGUUGAUCAUUACAUUGUCUCAUCUAGUACAAUUGACUGCCUCAGAUGUUCUAGCCCUUGCUUGAGUUAAAUAACCUUCAUAAUAAGAAAGCUUCAGAUUGAUAGGAAUACAACUACCUGAAAAAUACAAGGAGAACUUCGACGUUUCGAGGCCCUUCAUCGGGAAGUUAGUAGCCAGUUGUCGUCGUAUUGAGGUAGUUGUAUCCCUAUCCAGCUUUCUUGCCACUGCCUACACUGGCACAGAAUGUUUUAACCUUGAUACUGCAUGUCUAGCACAAUUCUUGACAUGGUGAAGAGACGGGAACAAAGAAAGAAGGAUGUUCUACAAAUUACAGUGGAUGUUUUUGAUUUCAGGUAUGGCAUCCUAACACAGAGUAUUUACAUACGGAGGUCUCACUUCUGCGGGAAAACCGUAAGGUAGUUUUUACCAAAAUAGUUGGCAGCCAUGUUCUUGGCAAAGAGAGGCGUUUACCCCCUGGAACAUUAAAUUUCAGUGUGUGUUCAAGGGGAGUGACGACCUCUCUUUGGAGCACUUGCUAAGAACAUGGCGGACUGAAAAAAUCCCUUACGCUAAAUUAACUUGAAGUGAGACUUCUGUAUGUAAGUACUCUGUGAUCAUAAUCUCUUGGGAAAACGUAUAUUAAGCCAUUUUCCACUAGGCGAAUUUGUUCGCACGAAGCGAAAAACAAAUCUUGGCAAUGUGAUUGGUUAGCGAAGAAAUUCGCUCCUACUUUUUUACUGUUCGUGCGAGCAAAUUCGUCUGGUGGAAAGUGGGCUUUACCAAAACCGCGGAUCCUUCCUCUCGCCCACGUGUCAUAUUUUCGUGUCAAAACAUUCAGAGUCCGGUUGUGUCGAGAAUGACGUAAUAAGAACAAUAUACGGACACGUGAUAGUCCCGCGGGUUGCGUGGAAUUCUUCUGGGAAAAAGCAUGCUUUCCGGGUAUUGUUAAAUUAUCGCUGUUUGGUGAAAAUAAGACUAUUUUGUGUGAGAAAUUAUGCACGUUUUUUAAGAUGAGUGAACUAACUAUUUACAACAGUUGUCCCAAAGUUGGUUAGCUUUCACCAACAAAUUCUUCGAAGCAAUCUACCCAGAAGUCUUGUCUGGAUGAAGAUAAAACGUUUACUUGCCCGUCAUGAUAUUCACUUGCCGCGGGCAAGUGGGCGAAACGUUGACAUUUUCCUUGUAUUCUUCAGGUAGUCGAAUCUCUAUCAAUCCGCAGCUUUCUGGUGUCACUACUGUACCUACGCUGACCGUUUGACAUUUUAGCAAUAGUAGGCGUAGGAAUGUAGUCACAUUCCUGAAUGGUUUGACACGAAAACAAGACACUUUUUAGGACGAGAGGAAGAAUACGCGGUAAUACUGUAUCCGUCACCAAAUUAGUGCUGUGCAAACUCCGGCUUUUUCACCUCCGGCUAAAAAACUCCAGCAGAAAGUUUCUAGCUCCGACACAUUCGUAAUUUAAUGAAAAUUUCACCUUUCAAAGUGGAAGCACUGUCUUUGUUUUUGAUUUAACACUUCGCAUGAACAUUUCGUACUAUGUUUGUGCCAAGCCUAUACGCAGUAUCAAUAGCUCAAUGCAAGUAUUUACUUUUUCGUCGAUGGAUUCAGGUUUUUCGCCGAUGUCCGACAGUAGUUUGCAGCACAAAUACGUGCUGCCGGAGUUUUGGCGGAAUUAAACAAACUCGGACUCCAGCUCCGGCAAAAUAGGCCAAUACUCCGUCUCCGGCAAAAUAGGCCAAUACUCCGGCGCACAGCACAGCACUACACCAAAUUAAUAGUCUCUUUCCUGUAGCAUUGUCAAUUGCCAUUUGUUUAUGAAAAUUUGCUUGUCUUUUUCUGUUUAGAUAUAAAUCAGGCGAUUUCACUGGGCAGUUGUUAACUCAAUGUCUGGAGUUGUUAAAGAUUCAAGAAACCAAUAAUGUUCCAUUGUAUGGAGGAGCUACGACUGCAACUGGCAACAGAAUUACCCCGGGCUCUGAAACACAUGACAAGGAUGAACGGGUAAAUAUACUUGAGUUAAGGCAAACGUCCCCAGCAAGGGCUUCGCUAUGGAGUCUCGCUUUCGUCUUAUUUCUCGUGAUAUACUUACGAAAUGCGGUCCUACCACUAAACAAUAAUCUACAAGAGCUUUACUGCAAUAACCAGGUCACUAGUAACAAAACUGGAGUCUCUACAGCCAAGUCUCAAUCGUGAAAACGAGACUCUCUCGCCAAUUAGGGCCUGUUCAUAUGAGCUGGGCUGUCUCGCAAGUGGCGAGAUCUCGCCUCGUAUAUUGUUUUUAUAUGUUUUUGAGAUUUGAUUCACAUGAGAACCGUGCUGGCCCGGUUUGCCGAGAUCUCGCCUUCCCGGGCUCAUAUAUGAACACACUUAGUGGAAAUUGUGUCACAACGCACCAUGCUUUAUUUUGUCUAGAAAGCAUCUAAGAAUUCAAAACAAGUAAGAAGUCAACAAUAUUAAGACUUCUGUCAAUAAAAAUACCAUUUUUCAAAACUAAAAAAUAUUGCGUUCCAGCCAAAAAUCACGCGGGAAUUUCUAUAGCGCUUUGCCUGGCUAGCCCGCCUCAUGUGAAACAAAUAACAACUUGGGCCAACACGGCUCAUAUGAACAGGCCCUUAGCCAUAGUGGCAUGCAUACUUUUAGUAAGGUCUUUUAAAUUAUAUGUACAGUAUCUGAUGUGUGUCAUUUGCUCAUGUGUUCUUUAUUUUUUACAAGACUGAAGAUGUUAAAUACCGAAGAGGCGAUAUUUUUGCUGAGUUCAAGUAAGUCUAGCGCAGAUUUUGUAUCAACUAAGAUAUUUACACAACUCAUUUCAGUGAGAGAAUUUCAACCAUGUUUUCUUAAGUGCCCAAGUCAAACGAAAAUUUGACUCCCAGCAGGCCUCAAAAUAAAUCUGGAUGUUAUGUCGGAAACUAUAUUUAGCUUUUUUAUUAUCGCGUGGGACAUGCGAGUAUACUCGCGGACAGUCGGACAGCUCCGGAAUAUACCGUUGAGAAUGUUUACAUGGCGAGGGAUUCGGGAAAGAACACAGCGAAGCAUGAGAUUUUUGUCAAUAAAACUAUAGAAAUACCCAGUGUUUGUAAUUUUAAUUUAUGUUGGGAAUCAACGGGAGGCAAUUCUCAACAACUGGCACCUCCGGGAUGGGAUUUGUGAGAUUUUAAGCUCGAACAAGAGCAAGAACCUAGCAUAUUUAUCGAGUGACAAAUCGAAACUAAACGACAGCGUACAAACUACAGUGAUAUACGGCCGCUAUUUAUCGAGUGAUGAAGUGAAAGAAAAGCAUGGAGACAAAACUACAAGAGCUUGAUGGGAAACUACGAACAUUAAAAUUUACGUUGGGUAAAAGCGAACAAGAAAUCGAAACGAGAAACCUCGAUGUGAUAACUAGACACGAAGCGUCAAUCAAAGGUAAAAUCGAAGCGAGUCACGCCUUAAAAGAUGACAUUAUAGAAUUGAAAUUCGGUCAGAAACAAACUGAAGAGCAAGUGCAAGAAUGGCUUGUCGACAUUGAAGGAACUUUGAAAACGGCCGACGAGAAAUUGUUAGAAUUAAAACGAAUAAAAGAAAAUAUAGCGAAGGAAAACCAGGCCGUUGAAUUGGCCGAAUCAGUUAAACAAGAGAGGGCAAUCGAGGACGAAAAGCACGAACAAAAAAUGAGUCACGAACGUGAACUUUAUGAACAACAGCUAAAGUUUCAGAAGGUGUUAGCAACGGGACAGCAAAACCAAGUAAAGAAAGCGGCGUCGACAAAAUUACCGAAGCUAUCUAUUACGCAGUUCGAUGGGAAAUGUGCGAAUUGGCCACCCUUUUGGAACAAAUUUGUUGCUGAAAUUGACGGUGCCGAUUUGUCGCCUGUUACGAAGUUUACCUAUUUGAAAGAGUUUGUUAAGCCGAAGGUGAGAGCUGAUAUCGAUGGGUUGCCUCUAACCGUAGAGGGGUAUGAAAGGGCAAAAAAUAUCUUAAAAGGAGAGUACGGCAAACCGAGCGAAAUUGUCAAUGCCUAUGUCCAGAACAUUCUCGAGUUACCAGUGGUGAAAAGUACUGAUCCAGGUGAGAUAAACAAUUUCUAUAAAAUUCUGCUUUUUAAUGUACAAUCACUUGAAACAAUGGGAAAAGUUGAGCGUGUGAAUGGAAUGACACGAAGUGUGCUUGACAAAUUGCCAGGGAUAAAGAGUGACCUAGUGAGAGGACAAGGGAAUUGGCAAGAAUGGGAUUUAGCACAUCUUAGAGCUUUAAAACAAUGGAGGGACAUAAACCUUAGUGAUAAAGAGAUUGUCAAGGACGGUGACAAAGAGAGACGAAAGGGGAGUAGACGAGAAAGUCUAUUUAAUGCCAAUGCCCGUAAACGCCCUUGUGUGUAUUGUGAUGACGUCAGCCAUGGUUCACGAGAGUGUACACGCGUGGUGAGUGUGGAUGACAGGAAGGGGAUUCUAGCCAGGAAGAAAUUGUGUUUUAAUUGUACGGGCCUAAAACACCGAGCUAAUGAGUGUCGAAGUACAACUGUUUGUCAGAAGUGCAACCUAAAGCACCACACUUCGAUAUGCACUGUGAAGGAAAGUCUUAAGGUAGCGACAGGGGGGAGUGCAAGUCAAGUGGUAUACCCAGUCGUCGACGUAAGCGUUGAGGGUGUGAUAUGUCGAGCACUACUUGACACAGGAGCAGGAAGCUCUUAUGCUUCUGCUGCUCUCUUGGACAAACUUCCAAGACGAUCUCAAUCCAAAGAAGUUCGACAAAUAGAAAUGAUGUUGGGUUCGACUAUUCGUGAAGUGUCUAUUUCUACCAUCAGCGUGGGAGCUACUGACAACAGUUUUAAGAUGGAUGUUGAAGUGACAAGAGUCGAACGCGGAAACCUACUAAUGAUCGCCAAUCCAAAUUACCAAACUCUGGUUGAUUCGUAUCGUCAUCUCGAGGGAGUAAGUAUGGAGGACAACGAUACUAAACCCCUUCUACCAGUACAUCUCAUCCUGGGCGCCAGCGCGUACGCAGCUAUCAAGACAGCAGAACCACCCCGUGUUGGUCUCCCAGGAGAACCGGUAGCGGAGAAGACCAGGUUCGGAUGGACAAUGAUGUCUCCGGGUAAGGAAUUCGACCACUCAAAGAUGCUUCUGACACAGACAAGCCAGUCAGAUUACGAGGACUUAUGUAGAUUGGACGUAUUGGGGCUGGAGGACAAGCCUGAACAUGAUCAAUAUGCGGUCCAUGCAGAAUUUCGUGAGCAGCUAGUACGACAUCAGGAAGGGUGGUACGAGACAGGUUUACUUUGGAAAGGGAGCCACCCCCCUCUACCAAAUAAUAAAACAGGCAGUUUACGGCGACUAACGCAACUCCAUAACAAGCUACAACGGAUGGAAAUGACGGAGAAGUAUGCAGAGGUGAUCAAUCAACAAAAGUCAGAGGGGAUAGUGGAAUCUGCAACCGAACCACCAACCGGGAAAGAAUUUUACAUACCCCACAAACCUGUUAUGAGAACACAAGCUGAGUCAACCAAACUACGCGUUGUUUACGAUGCUUCAGCUCGAGAAAACACACAAGAACCAAGCCUUAAUGAUUGUCUUUAUGCAGGACCUCCGCUUCAAAAUCGGUUGUGGAACGUGUUGGUACGCAUUCGUUUUCACCCAGUUGCAGUGACCGGGGACAUUAAACAGGCUUUUUUACAAGUCCGUAUCAGGAAAGCAGAGAGAGACUCACUCAGAUUCCAUUGGAAGUCCAAUAAACAGUCGUUAGUCGAAACAUUGAGAUUCACGCGAGCGCUAUUUGGUCUAGUGUGUUCGCCGUUCCUUCUCGGCGGUGUCGUCGAACGUCACCUGGAAUCGUGGAAAGAACGUGAACCAGAGCUGGUCGCUGAAAUCCGUAGAAGCCUUUAUGUUGACGACCUACUGAGUGGUAAGCCAACCGUAGCAGAAGCAAAGGAUUUGAAGGAAGGAGCUAUUAAGAUUUUUCAAGAUGCCAAGUUCACAUUACACAAAUGGCAUUCAAAUGAUCCUGAGUUGGAAAGCGAACAGUCCAGCGUGGAGACGGAGAAUACCUUUGCCAAACAGCAACUUGGUGCACCAACCGAUCCGGAGUCAAGUCUUCUCGGCCUGUCCUGGAACAAGGAAGCUGAUGAGUUCAGUGUUGUGGUCCCCGAUAUGAAACCGAACGUGACUAAGAGAGAACUUUUGAGCAAUCUAGCAAGCAUUUAUGAUCCCUUGGGCCUUGUAGCACCUGUGACACUCAAGGGAAAGACAAUCUACCGAGAAACGUGCAAGGCAAAAACAGCAUGGGAUGCAUCACUUCCAGAACCACAAGCAGCAGAAUAUGGUCGAUGGGUAAGGGAACUGCCUAGACGUGUAACUGUACCGAGAGCCUUGACAACUCAGCGCGAAGCUGUAGAAGAAAUUGAGCUGCACACAUUCGGGGAUGCAAGUGGGAAAGGAGUUUGUGCAGCCCUUUAUGCAAUUGUGAAACAAGGUGAUGAAACCAACGUGGGUUUAGUCGCUGCCAGAGCAAGAUUAGCUAAACAGGACUUGAGCAUACCUCGCCUAGAACUUGUUUCCGCCCAUAUGGCAGCAAAUCUGAUGAUGAAUGUUCAACAAGCGCUUGAUGGAAUGCCUGUUACGGGAACCUACGGAUGGUUAGACAGCACGGUAGCGCUGCAGUGGUUAAAAGGGGGAGGAGAAUAUAAACAAUUUGUGGCCAAUCGGGUGAGAAAGAUUCAAGCUUGCCCAGAUAUAAUUUGGCGUCAUGUCCCAAGUCAAGACAACCCUGCUGACCUGGGAAGUCGGGGAGGACAGGUGACUGGAAAUCUACUGUGGUGGAAAGGACCUCCGUGGUUGACCAAUCAGAGCGAGUGGCCAAGAGAUAUAGUAACGACUGCAACCCAUGAAAGCGAAGCCGAAGCCAAAGCGACAAGAGCAGUGUUCAAGUUAGCUGUAGAACCAACCAACCCACCUGAUGAAAUCUUGACAAAGUUUUCCCUCAACAAAGCUGUGAGAGUAAACGCAUGGAUUUCUCGAUUUGUGUAUAAUUGUCGAGCGAAAGCAACUAAGAAAGAGACACGGUCGGGGCCGUUGACAACGCAAGAGAUAAACGACCAACACAGCGCUUAUGUAAAACAAGCCCAAGCAAUUCUAGACGACAAAGUGAGCGACGAUAAGCAACGCCUGGGUGUACAAAUGAAUGAAGAUGGUAUGCUCGUGUGCAAAGGUCGGUUGCAAGGUCAAUACCCCGUAUUUUUACCGGACAGUCAUCUUUACACCACUAAACUCGUAGAAGAUGCGCAUCAACGCACGUUACACGGGGGAGUCGGGCUCACUAUGGCCAAGAUUAGAGAGAACGUUUGGGUGCCAAGGCUAAGACAACUUGUAAAGAAGACCGUAAAGGGAUGCCACGGGUGUCGACGAUUUCAUGCUAAGCCAGUUAGUAAACCACCUCCAGGAAACUUGCCCGUAGACCGAACAGAAGGUGAUCGUCCGUUUCAGGUCGUAGGCGUCGAUUUCGCCGGCCCCAUCAAGUAUCGCGUCACCAAAAAGACGGAAGGAAAGGCGUAUAUAACCCUCUACGCAUGUAGUCUAACGCGAGCCCUCUACCUAGAGUUAACCACGAGCAUGGAAACCGAUGAAUUUAUCCCUACCCUCAAGCGACUCAUCGCGAGGAAAGGCAGACCGGAAAAGAUUUAUUCCGACAACGCAAAGACCUUCGUUGCGGCAGCCAAGUGGUUGAAGAAGGCACAACAAGAUGAAAAAUUCAAUCAUUUCCUGGCCAACGAAAAAAUAAAAUGGCAGUUCAAUCUAAGUCGGGCCCCCUGGUGGGGGGGCCAAUUCGAACGUAUGGUCGGCUUGGUCAAGUCCGCGUUGUACAAGUCUAUUGGGAAUGGCUUCUUAACCAAGAAAGAACUCGAAGAUGUCCUUCUAGACAUUGAAACAACAUUGAACAACAGACCUCUAGGGUACCAAGAAGAUGAUAUCCAAAUGCCAACAUUGACACCGAACAGUUUGCAGUUUGUUGGAUCGACCCACCUUCCGGAACCCGAACAUUACCACGAAGCCGAUCCUGACCUACGUAAACGCGCGAAAUACCUAAAGAAAUGUAAAGAUCACAUGUGGAACAGGUGGACGAAAGAGUACCUACGAGCCUUACGAGAACGACAUAAUUUAAAACAUGAUACGAAGCCAUUCAGCCUAGCUGUGGGUGAUGUCGUCAUAAUUUAUUCUGAAGAGCGCAAUAGAGGAAAGUGGCCGCUCGGAAUGGUUCAGGAACUUUACCCAGGAAGAGACGGGGUCGUUCGAGCAGCGAAAAUAAAGACGGGAAACGGUCAUUUAGAGAGAGCAGUCAAUCUACUCUACCCACUUGAACUGUCGUGUGACAUAAGACCAUCAACCGGUAGUGAAAACCUCAAUCCAGAAGCUGCAGUAUUUCGACCAACCCGCGAGGCAGCGGUCACCGCAAGGUUACGCAUCCAAGAGCAAGCGAACGAUGAUGAAAUUUGAACAAGAAAUUGAACAUAGUAUAUCCUUUUGAGACGUUAAAGUUUAUAUCUAAUAGAUGACAUUUAGUAGACCUUACAUUAGUAACAUUGAGAUUAUUUAAGUUUCCUUUCAGUACAUAUACCUUCAAGAAGCUAUAUGGGGGGAGAGUGUCGGAAACUAUAUUUAGCUUUUUUAUUAUCGCGUGGGACAUGCGAGUAUACUCGCGGACAGUCGGACAGCUCCGGAAUAUACCGUUGAGAAUGUUUACAUAGCGAGGGAUUCGGGAAAGAACACAGCGAAGCAUGAGAUUUUUGUCAAUAAAACUAUAGAAAUACCCAGUGUUUGUAAUUUUAAUUUAUGUUGGGAAUCAACGGGAGGCAAUUCUCAACAGUUAUACCGGUCAUUAUGACCGGUGAAUCACUAAAUUUACUUGUCACAGCGGAAUUUAUGCCGGUCAUUGUCAUUCCUUAGCUUCUUUCCCCCCUCAUCUUUCGCGUGACUCGUAACAAUUGUGCAUUUUAAUUGUGCAUUUUAAUUGUAUUUGUAUACAAAUUGUGCAUUUUAAUUGUGCAUUUUAAUUGUAUUUGUAUACAAAGUAGAAGUAUGCAUGGUGAUUAUCAAAGCUGUAGUAGUAAUUGCAGCGCAAUUUACACAUGAAUAUUUCGUAUUUGGACGCUGACAAACAGAGCAAUUGUUUGCCAUGCCUGUUUGUUAAGUCGCAAAUGACAACUGUAAUUUGAGUUGAGUUGCGAGCAUGCUGCAAGGCUGCAUUCCAGUUACGCGUUCUCACGCACGUAAAAGUUGAAAUCGCUUGACAUCCUACUUAUGAAAUAACUAAAUUUAUAAAAGGACAGCAUUCAGUUUUGUGUAUGAUUUAAUGUGUAUUUGUUAAGGUUAUUUGCACUAAUAUGAAAGAUUUAAACUUUUCUGUCGCACGUGUGAAAAACGCGUAACUGGAGAACAGCCCUUAGGCACAAUGCAUGGUCAAUGCUUGCGGUAUAUCGUAUCCGUACGACAAAAUGUGUCACUUCGCCGCCCUUAUUAGCCUGCGCAGACGGACAUACACUUCUUUGGAAACUUGGAAAUCAACAUUCAACAAUCUGCUCCAUUUUUGAACGUAUGUUUUUAUUAAAAAAAUUACCGGUCACGCAUGUCCGCCAGGCGACGAUAUUUGCCGAUCAAACUGAAAUUUUACCGAUCAGUGACCGGUGACCGGCACUUAUUUCGAGGCCUGACUCCCAGUGCUGGAAAAUGUCCGGCAGUACCGCUGCCAGGAAUUUUUUAAUAAAAUUUAAUUACAUCCAGCAGGAAAUUUUUGUAAUCUUAUAUAUUGAAAUGCCAUACAAUUUGCCUGUUGAUUUAAAAUUCCAAAUGUAUUUUUGAAAUGAAAUUGUCAUGUGUGGAGGUGGUAAUACAGCACACUAUCUGAAACCUAGAUAUGCGGAAAGUUUUAGGCUACAUUUGAUUUACACAAGAAAUAUUUAUUUUGGGAUUGUGCUGCCUGGAAGAAAAAUCUUUUUCUAGGUCUGACUCUACCUAUUGAGCUAUGGAACAAACACCUUCUCGUAUGGACGGCGUUUAAGUCGUUAGGAAAAUCUUUCGUCACUUACAUUAGAUAAAACUCCAAUCCUGGCAGAGUAUAGGUAGAGCCGAGUAUAGGUAGAGCCGAGUAUAGGUAGAGCCGAGUAUAAGUAGAGCCGAGUAUAGGUAGAGCUGAGUAUAGGUAGAGCGGAGUAUAGGUAGAGCUGAGUUAGGUAGAGCGGAGGGCCGGUAGAGCUGAGUAUAGGUAGAGCUGAGUAUAGGUAGAGCGGAGGGCCGGUAGAGCUGAGGGCCGGAAUACCCGCGAAGGUGCGAGUUUAAAUUCCACUUGAGGCAAAUUUUCAUUUUACAUGGGCAGUGCAAUAAAGCUCUGAUGAAACGAGGAUGAGAGAGAGUGGGCGGCAGACGACGUUGGUUAACUGUUCUUAAUGCGGAAACAACUUUCAUCAACUUUCAAUCUCUCAUCCUCGUGUGACCGGGGCUGUAGGGAACAUGUUUGAAAUUUUCUCUUCGUGUUUCUCUGAGGUUGGGAAUGCAUGUAGUUACCAUAAGUAUAUACUGAAUUUAAAUGUUAUGGUAUUUACAGACGAAAACAACGGCUUACUCCUCAAAAUAUUGGCAGUCCGUACAAUCAGGUUAGUUGCUUAUUAAAUUUACUUCAUUCGCCAUUCUGAAGUUAAUGAAGAGACUGGAAACGAGUGUUAAAAACUAACAAAACGAAGAAAUCACUCGUUUGACUACAUUUGGUUAAAGAUGGUGUGAAUAAUGAGCUUUUAUUAACAAAUUACUAUGAAAUGUUUGGAGGUUUGGGGAAACGCGCGUCCGCCAAUAAAAUGUAAUUUUUGAAAGCUUGCUAUUCAUACCCUAUUUAUCCAAAUGUAGUCAACUUUUGUACUCGUUAAUUUUGAAGCGCUCUUUCCAUAUAUUCAUUUUGUUUUGUUACUUUUUAACACUCGGUCCCAGUCUCUUCAUAAACUUCGAAAUGGCUCACUUCGAUGUAAAACUCAUUUUCAAAAUUUUCGUUAUUCAAAAACGUUUUUCAGCCUGACCUUCCUUCCGAACCUGAUGACGAUGUUGAUGACCUAGAUGGUGUUUAUGCGUUUAAGAGAAGACGCGGUUGUCGAUACUUAGCGGUAGGUUUAUCAAUAAUGACUGUUGUACUCUUUAUCACACUCUAUUUAAUAUACGUAAUGAGCAACUUGAUCCAGUGGCGUUAUAAACACUGAAACGGUUCAAACGAGACAAUAGGAAGCUUAAACAUGCGACGAGGGGAGGUGUGGAUUAAAAAUUGUGUUUAUAUCAGUUUGUGGUAAUGUUCAACACAUAUGAUAAAACAUAAGAUUUUUAAUUUUUUUGCUUCCUUACACGAGCGCUAUGAUGCAAAAUGCCGGCAAAAUUAGUUCUACUAAUUCUCGGAUUAAACUCCGUAAUCGGAAACAGGCAGAAAGCUUGUACUUAAUGUUCUGAAUGUGACUAAGUAGCAAUCAUUGCAAGCUAUUUACGUCACAUUUAUACCUACAGUUGUGUACUGUGUAUAUGUACAGUAAUAAACCAUUGAGGUUUUACCGUUUGAUGUGAAUUUCAACACAACAAGCUGCCGAGGCUAUCCUCUAUGUCUUAUAUAGGACUAUAGGUGAUCCCAUAUUUCCAUAUUUAACUUCACUUUGUUUUUGGGUUUUAGCCUCGACUAGAAGGAAAUUGGCCAUGGGAAUGCCCUGGACAUCCUCAGUAUAGAUAUUCCUUAACGUCGUUAUCAAGACCCUCGAGAUUGCUUGGUUAUGCAAGGAGGAGAGUUGGCAGAGGUGGAAGGUCAGUUAUUCAUUUUACAUUUAUUUUGUUGGUAUCUGUCUUUAUUUUCUCGCGAAUGUUUUUCACCUCACGUCAUUGUUUGAAGUUCCCCAACUGUUUCAUUUAGUUACAGUCAAACCACUGACAGUAAUUGUACAGGCAUAACCUCGGCUAUAUUCUUUUAAUGUGUGUGUGUGACUGUGUGUGUGUGUGUGUGUGUGUGUGUGGGGGGGGGUGAUAAUCAUCCUUACUUGCAGCUGAACCUGACCGAGUCGAAGGCUUUCUAAGGGCGCCUCUGGCAGCCACCUUAUGACUCAUGUCUGAUCACAGAGCACAGCUACGGUGGAAGGGUCAGUUAGAGGGGCUGAUCCCAACCCACCCUGUCAACUCUCCCUGUGGGAGUCAUGUAGAGUUCGCGAGAAUCAAACCCACGACUUUCGGUAGAGCGUUGACUGACUCUUUUCACAUAAGUGUCAUGUAUGAGUUCGUAGCGAGAAUCAAACCCACGACUUUCGAUAGAGCGUUGACUGACUCUUUUCACAUAAGUGUCAUGUAUGAGUUCGUAGCGAGAAUCAAACCCACGACUUUCGGCAGAGCGUUGACUGACUCUUUUCACAUAAGUGUCAUGUAUGAGUUCGUAGCGAGAAUCAAACCCACGACUUUCGGCAGAGCGUUGACUGACUCUUUUCACAUAAGUGUCAUGUAUGAGUUCGUAGCGAGAAUCAAACCCACGACUUUCGGCAGAGCGUUGACUGACUCUUUUCACAUAAGUGUCAUGUAUGAGUUCGUAGCGAGAAUCAAACCCACGACUUUCGAUAGAGCGUUGACUGACUCUUUUCACAUAAGUGUCAUGUAUGAGUUCGUAGCGAGAAUCAAACCCACGACUUUCGAUAGAGCGUUGACUGACUCUUUUCACAUAAGUGUCAUGUAUGAGUUCGUAGCGAGAAUCAAACCCACGACUUUCGGUAGAGCGUUGACUGACUCUUUUCACAUAAGUGUCAUGUAUGAGUUCGUAGCGAGAAUCAAACCCACGACUUUCGGUAGAGCGUUGACUGACUCUUUUCACAUAAGUGUCAUGUAUGAGUUCGUAGCGAGAAUCAAACCCACGACUUUCGGUAGAGCGUUGACUGACUCUUUUCACAUAAGUGUCAUGUAUGAGUUCGUAGCGAGAAUCAAACCCACGACUUUCGAUAGAGCGUUGACUGACUCUUUUCACAUAAGUGUCAUGCAUGAGUUCGUAGCGAGAAUCAAACCCACGACUUUCGGUAGAGCGUUGACUGACUCUUUUCACAUAAGUGUCAUGUAUGAGUUCGUAGCGAGAAUCAAACCCACGAUCUCAGAGGUGAAAAGCGCUUGCUCUGACUCUUUUCACAUAAGUGUCAUGUAUGAGUUCGUAGCGAGAAUCAAACCCACGAUCUCAGAGGUGAAAAGCGCUUGCUCUGUCGAUUUUAAUCGUUUAGACUUACACUGUGUUUAAAGAUUUAUACGUUUAGUCUUUUAAUGUGUUUAAAGUGUCGAUUUUAAUUCUUUAGACUUACACUGUGUUUAAAGAUUUAUACGUUUAGUCUUUUAAUGUGUUUAAAGUGUCGAUUUUAAUCCUUAUAGACUUACACUGUGUUUAAAGAUUUAUACGUUUAGUCUUUUAAUGUGUUUAAAGUGUCGAUUUUAAUCGUUUAGACUUACACUGUGUUUAAAGAUUUAUACGUUUAGUCUUUUAAUGUGUUUAAAGUGUCGAUUUUAAUCCUUUAGACUUACACUGUGUUUAAAGAUUUAUACGUUUAGUCUUUUAAUGUGUUUAAAGUGUCGAUUUUAAUCGUUUAGACUUACACUGUGUUUAAAGAUUUAUACGUUUAGUCUUUUAAUGUGUUUAAAGUGUCGAUUUUAAGAGUUUAGAUCUUACACUGUGUUUAAAGAUUUAUACGUUUAGUCUUUUAAUGUGUUUAAAGUGUCGAUUUUGAAGAGAGUUAAAUCGAAUCAUACAAUAGUUCAAUAAAUUCUUCAAGUGAUCAAUAGACAAUCGUCUUGCUACUAUAUCACUAGUACUUUUGUUCGUUUCCUCUUUAAAACAUUAAUUGUCUGCAUUACUCGUUACCAAGAUUUUGCUUUUUUUGUUUAGAGUGCUAAUAGAUCGAGCGAGUUCUUCGUUAGACUGUCGACUGGAAGAACUUGGUUCGUUUCUUGAUUCAUCGAUAUCAUUACGAAACAGUUUCCACGAAUCAGAUCAUUAUAAGGAUGAACUGAAACCGACGAGUUGGUUAGUCAUGCAUUCUUCAUCUAUGUUCAUCAUGUCCUGCAACUGAUAUAGCCACUGUAUUUUAAACUUCUAGUCAUGGGCAGAAAGGUUUCGCCUGCUUUCAGUUCUAUAAAACAUCGCAGGUUUUGUCAUGGACUCUCUUCGGAGAACAGUUUAGAACUGAAAAGUUGUCCAGUUAAAAAAAGUUUAGUUUUGGUCUCCCCCCUGUAGGACGUGAUGGGCCCUUAUAGGAGUUCUCAGUGUUACAUACAGCUUGGAACUGUCAAAGCAAUCCAGGAUGAAUAAAGUUAGUUUAGUUUAUAGUAGCCAUUACUUUUACAGUUGCGAAUUAUACGCGAGGUUCAAAUCACUGUCUAAACAAUAUAUCAGCUAUUUCCAUGUAUUACAUGUGCAAUGUUUCGGGCACAAAGUCAAAUGAUAAUUUAAUCUUGGCAGAUUAUGGUACUACUCAACUACUGUCACAUAAAGCCUGUUUUCCACUUGAAUCGUAACGUACCGUAGCAUUUUCAUUUAUGUCGAAGUCAUCAGUUGCAUACUACCGCUCAGGAAACACAGAAAUACGCUAUGUUUCGGUACGAUUGAAGUGGAAAACUGGCUUAAGGUUUACACAAUUUAACAACACGGCUUAUUAUUUAGGAGGCAUUAUCGACCACGCAAUCCUCGUAUUGUGCCUGCAUCAAUGGACAAUAAUUUGGGACAUGCUAGCACAGCGGGUGAAGAUGUACGAGAAAAUGAAAAGCGGACAUCUCAACAAGAUAUCAUACAUGAUACACAGGACUAUAGACCAAGAGCUAAAGUUAGGAGAUCGUUCUCUACCCAACCGACUUCAAAAUUUACGCUAAACUCUGGCUUAUCAAACGGUGUAACUCAGAACUCGAAUAUUACAAACCCCUUAACUCCAGCUGAACGUGAUAAGAAUAACGUCAUUACAAAUGGGCCUACGGUUAAUAAUAACAAUUCUUCUCAAUUAUGGAAUGGAACUACAAAUGUUUCAGCCAAUAGGAAUACAUUUUCUACGGCUCCUAUGAAGGCCGUUUAUGCACUGAAUUUUCCACUGCCGUCGACAAACAGUAACUUUUCAAAUAAUCUACUUAAAGGAAGCAAUAAACAUGCAACGCUAACUACAUCUCGUCCUCCACGUUAUUCAUCAAGCCAUCGCCUUAGUCUACCAAAUACUCCUCUCAGUAGAAGGUAAAGUAAUCGAAAUAUUCUCUUACAUGAUAUAUUAAUCAAUGGUUUUAAGGCAUGUUGUCAAGCGUCACAGGCUUUCUACAACCUGAACUAAUACUGAAGAUUGUUUCUUGACAAAGUUGUUAAAACGUCUUGAUUGAGAAACAAUACCUAAGGUAUCAUAUACCUAUAUAAUACUGUAUAACCUCAGUGGCCUCAACAUGAAAAAUGUGUUCCAUAUUGAGCCUUCUCAUUUAAUCUAAUCGGCACACAUGUGUUUCUUUGUUGGGAAGGGAGAUUUCAUAAACCAGGCAUAAUUCUACAACCUUGAUUUGAAAAUUAGCCAAAGUGACGUAUUUUCUGGAAGAGUGUAUUCGAGGAGAACUUUGCUUGAUUUCAUUCGAAUUGUGAUCAUCCAAAUAAAUCAGUUCUACUUGACCGCUCACAAUUCAAAAGAAAUUGUUGACAGGGAAAUUUUUGAUGAAAAUGGAAGUCCAGCUUAACAGACUGACAAACUCUGAAUUUAAAGCGAUGCCUAACUUGAUUUGGGCACCGCAAGUUUUUCCUGCAACAGGGUACUAAAUAGAGGAUUUCCGAAAUAUCAGCUAGUUCUAGGCAGCCAUGUAAAAGAUUGAGUAAGAAAUCACCAAACGUGUUUGUGAUAAUGGUUGUUCAUUUCUUUUUCAGUAAUUCUGUGGACGAUAUGUUAGUAAGUCCAGUACACCAACCACCAGCAAUGAUGGUCAACGGGGCUGGAGUGAAAUGUCAAGACAUCACGUGACACCAGCACACUAAAAUCCUGAGAAUUAUAUAGUACACAAUGUACAGGUUGCCAUCCAUCCCUACAAAUAUAUUACGAAAUAUCAACAUUAGAAAACUUCUCAAGUAGUAACCAUCAUAUGUAGAAGAUUAUUGCAAUCUGGUCCUAUAGACAUCCUAUUUCACACAUGCAACCAUCCCGUAUUUUAGCCACAAAGAUCUGAUAAUAUACAAACGUUUCCUACAAUUACCACAUCUGGUCCACUCAUGCAACCAUCCCAUAUUUUCCCGAAAACGAGCCAUAAAAUGGUGGAGGAUAAUUGUCCAGUCAGUUGUGCCGAGAUCUUGGAUUGUAUGAAGAGAUCAGGCAAACGUUAUUGCGAGUAUCACAACAUUGGAGUUCUUUCCUUGAAAUUGAUACUGAAUCAUUUAAUUGGAGUCAACACGGUUUUUCCAUUGGAUUAUUUGACAUGCACGCACCUACAUUUACAUGCAAAAGAUUGGAGGAUGAAAAUUUUUAUAUCCAUUAAAUAACCUACUGUUUCAAUAACCUAAUUAAUAUUUGUCUUGAUGGAACGGCCGUCAUAGGUCGUUAUGGAAGACGCCACGUAUAGAAGAACUCCAGCGAGGUUGCAGUGGAAUUAAUACAUGGCAUUCGUUUCGGAUGUGUCGACGUUCGUCUCUGGAUUUUAAGAAAAUAAUGCAUACAUGGAAUGAAUAUUUUAAUACGGUGUUCUACCACAAGACACUUGCAGUUUGGCUGCUGCAUUACGAUUGGCACUGUUGAAGCUUUCAAAGAUUUGCAAUCAUGCCAUGGGACAUGCGAGGGGAGAGCAAUGGUGUAUUUAAAUGAAGCGCAAAUUUACCGUAAGUAAAAUUUAAGAACGGGAAUAGUCGCCAUUUUGGUAUCGCAUUGGCUGUCUUGAGAAAGUUACUCCAGUACUUCAACCUUUGUGCACGUUCCCCGAAAGAAAACAUUUUCCACCCCUGACAGCAAUUCAGUACACGAAUAGAGAAACGGAAUGCAUUGUGGGUACAUUGGGAGUGAAUCUUCCGCAACACUGGCAUUACCAAGUUCAGCAAUUCCAAAAUGGCUACUAGAAACAAAUAUCUUUUGCAAUGUGAUAUAAUAUAAAGUAUCUGGCUAUUUGCAUUGAGAAACCUAUUCUAAGUACAGAAGCAUACGUAUUCAAUCUGUCAGUUCGCUGUAAGUAUAUAAUGAUUACUGGAGAUGAAAACUCUACCUAAAACCAACUCGGAAGGCAGUGCUCAUUUUAAGGGUAUGUCUGGUUAUUCGUGUCUCGUUAAUGGAUUAGGAAUCCAUAAGGUGGGUCAACCCAUGGGUAAAGGCCGUUUUCCACUUCAACCGUAUCGUACGGAAGCAUAUUUCUUUGUUUCCUGAGCACUAGAGUGGAACUAAAUGACUUCGACAUAAAAGAAAAUGUUACGAUACGUUACGAUUUGGCUGAAGUGGAAAACGGUCUUUAGGCGAGACGUGUAUGGUGACAGUUUGUCUAUAAGAUGUACCAGGAUGAAUGUUGCCUUUCGAGUGUACUAUUGCAUACAAUUAUUUCAAUUAAGGUUGUCCCUGAGCAAAGGGGAAAAGCCGAAUACGAGCGCGAAAAGCUUGCUGGGAAUCGUUAAAAAAUUCAUUAAUUAUUUAGCGAUUCCCAGCAAACCUUUCGCGCUCGUAUUCGACUUUUCAGCUUUGCUUGGGGACAACGUUAAUUGAAAUAGCUGUAUAUUACUGUCCUAAAAUGAAAAUAGAUGCUGUAGAACUAUACCAAAACGUUCGUGCCGGAUAUCGAGGCACUACUUGAGUGUUGUCUACAAAUAUCCGAAAUAGACCUGAUCGCACGUUUAUACCCGUUGUCACUCAUUUCACAUUUUCGUAUUGAUGAUUUUCAAACGAUCCCUUGAGAUACGUAAUAUGACCAUGUUGGAUGAAAACACGCUCCAAAUACAAUAAGCUGCUAAUGAUAUUCUUUUGUCAGCGUUCCUCCAACAUGGCCUGACGUCAAGUGCAAACCAAGAAUAACUCGCAUUUCUAGUUGCAAAUGUUGUAAAUACCAACCUAAAAUGAACAUGAUUUGUGAUUGGCACCGUACAAAAGUGAUCAGUGUAUGUGACUCAUUGUUUUGAAAUUUAUUCUUUCGUUUUAUUGUUUCAUUGUUAUAAAUCAACUGUGAUUUUGGAACAUGAAUAAGAUACUUAAGCCUGGUUUACACAGUUUGAUCACAGGAAUUUUGCAUUGGUAAAUUCUAAGUUUUGAAAGGUUUGUGAGAAAUGUUUGAAGGAACUGAUUCAGUGUUGUAAGAAUGUUUGAGUAUUUAACACUGAGUCAGUUUCCUCAAACAUUUCUUAUAAAUCCUUCAAAACUUAGAAUUUACCUAUGCAAAAUUCCCACUGUGAUCACAGAAACUUUGAUAGUGUGAACCAGGUUUUAGGAAUUAGAGAGAAAAAGCGCGGGAAAAAGAGAGUCACAAAACUUGUUCAUAUAUUGGUGGCGACCCUGUGUUCUGAAAUGUAUAAGCAUCUAAACCUAACCAAACAUCUAAAUCAUAUCUGUGUCAGUGAGUGAAUUGGUUACGCGUUAGUCGAUUAGGUCUGUUACUAUUUUAGAAUAUUCUAACGUACUUGCCAUGUAUGAUCGAAGCAGAGUUUUAUUUUUUUAUUCACGAAAAUGAAUAAGUAUAGGUAGCUAAAUGUCCCCUUUGGAAAAUAUUUUAAGAUUUUCUUGUCAUAAAUCAAUGUACUAGUAUUGUAAAAUUCUUUCAUAUUUAUUCAAAGUAAAAACACUAGAAUACAGUUUGGCGUAAAAGCAUGAUGACUGACGUAUUUAUUUUUCAAAAAGGUUUUCUGUGGAUGACUUGCUUCCGUUUGGCCUCUCAUCUUAGUCAGUAUAAAGAUGAUUACGAUUGUCUACGAAGCUCGAUGAAAUAUAAUACAGAACUCGUUAUCCCUGUUGAUUUUCCUUAUUAAAAAAUAUGAUCAGUUCACUAUCACGUUACUUUUUUCGCUCAAGAAACCAAUAGCGAUGUUUAAAUUAACCAUUUUGUAAAGUCACGGAUGGGUAAUUAGACAUCCGUAUUUGCAUUUGCUGUUGUAUUUCAUCGAGUUUCCUAACAACUUUAAAUCUGGUUUUCCACUAGCGAAUUUUUCGAGCGAAGAUUUUUUCUUCCACCCCACGACCUACGGUUGGGACUACCCUUUCUCACGCCGCCAUUUUUGGGUGGCAUUUCAGCCGAAGUCUGCGAGAUAAGUCCACAUAACAGCGACUUUUUAUAAUUUUUUUGACAAAUGAUGGUAAAUUUGGUUAGUUUAUUUUGAAAAAUUGCUUUUCACAUUGUUUUAAUUGUCUAAGAAUUGGAUGUGCCACUAUUCAAUUUUAACAAUAGAAAUGUCUAUUCGCUCAAAAAAAUCGCUACUGGAAAACUGGCUUUAUAGACUAUUAUUAUGCUCUAUGAUCAACUGACAACUUUGAGAGUGAAAGUCACCUGCUGCAUUCCUGCCGAAUUUGGUUUUCAUAUGUAAUUUUGGAUAUUGAUAUCUAAAGAUAAUUGACGUUAAAAUAAAAGAUUCAAUACAAUCGAGAAAUUGACUUUACAAAAGUCACCAUAGACCAGAGUUAAGCCCAUUUUCCACUAGGCGAAUUUGUUCACGCGAAGCGAAAAACAAAUCUUGGCAAUGUGAUUGGUCAGCGAAAAAAUUCGCCGCGAAAAAGUUGGAUCAGUUCCUGCUUUUUUAUCGUUCGCGCGAACAAAUUCGCCCAGUGGAAAAUGGACUUUAAGGCCUAUCCACACGACACGAUUAUUGUCGUAUAUGAUUCUUAUUCUGGCCUGUAUAUGUGUAAUCGAAUAAACACAGGAAUUUCGCCAUAAACUUGAAUGAGGAGUUGUGUCGUCAGCAGUAAUUUUAUACACUUACCUUAGGCCAGGGUCGAACUUUUCAUGUGCCAAACCUAAUGUUAAUGAGCUAAGUUCUUUGUUUCACUUCAUUUGCAUUAGAUUAGGCAGAUGAAAAAGUUUGACCCAGGCCUAAAACAGACCUGGAAAGUCUUUAAUGUUCCUCAGAUUCAGAAGUUGCCUUGAAUUUGCCAUAUGACAGUACAUUACGCCAAAUAUGAACACACUUUAUAAUCUCAAACGACAGAUAAGAAAGUUUAUGUUUGAAAUUUUCACCCUCUGAGGAUCGUGCAAUGAAUUUGCCCAAAACGAGGAGGGUGGACCAGGGAGACGAUACCUUCCUCCUCUUUAAAUAUAUCAUGUGUGAAAAUGUUCCUCGAUCAAAGGUUCCUGCAGGUCCAGAAUGACAAUCGUAUGUGACUAGUUCGUGUAGAAAUGCCGAGUACCAUACACAGUAAAAAGUUGGUUAAUAUUCUGUAGAUUUGAUUGUGUCUAUAUUGAAUUAUAUGUAAAUAUGUAGGAAAUGAAUAUUUGUACAGCAGUUCAUACGUUGUUCUAGCUAGGCGUUUUGUAAUAAAUUCAUGUCGUAAUUAUGAUGCCAACCACGAAAAUAUAAACAUGUUUUAAC